AUACGCUAGCAAUCUCCACAUUGUGUUGAGCUUCACACAGCUGCCUCAGCCUCCCGCCACCUCAGUGAAGGAGAAGCCAGACCCUCUAGACAACAUGGACUUCAGUGGAACGUGGCAAGUCUACGCUCAGGAGAACUACGAGGAGUUCCUCAGGGCCCUGGAGCUCCCAGAAGAUGUCAUCAAAGUGGCCAAAGACAUCAAGCCAAUCACUGAGAUCAAGCAGAGUGGCAAUGACUUUGUCAUCACCUCCAAGACUCCCGGAAAGUCCAUGACCAACUCGUUUACCAUCGGCAAGGAGGCUGAUAUCACCACCAUGGACGGAAGGAAGAUCAAGUGCACUGUCAAUAUUGAGGGCGGCAAACUGGUCUGCAAAACUGACAGGCUCCACCACGUCCAAGAGCUCAAAGGAGGAGAGAUGGUUGAGACUAUGACCAUUGGGUCGACAACUCUCAUCAGAAAGAGCAAACGGAUAUAAACUUGGCAGCGAAGAAACCAGUGUCUAUUUAAAUAAAAGUGUUGAUUAAAAAGAG